UUGCCAAAAUCUAGAAAUAAUUACAAAUACAAAUCUUUUGGUUUUUGUCUGGGACAAUUACAAUUAAAUACAAAUAAUUGCGUUUUAAAUAGUACUUACAAAUGUUGUUAUAAUCAUAUUUGGGUUUUCAUGUCGUAUCUACAGGAUAAAAUGGAAAACACAACAUCUGAUAUUCUUAAUGAUACCGGAUUUGAAAGCAUGGGACCAAUGCCGGGACCGGAAAAUGUGACCACUGCUGAAAUUGCCAGUUUUUCUACAAUGUUCUUUGUUAUAGGCAUUGUCGGAAUCACUGGAAAUAUACUUUUAGUAUAUAUCGUUUUUAGCGAUGCAAAAAUGAGACUAUCUAUGACAAAUAUGUUAAUUGUAAAUCUUGCCGUGGCCGAUCUUCUAAUAUUGUUGUUUGGUAUACCAGAAAUUGUUCAGUUUAUGAUUAAUAAGGGCUGGCUUCUAGGCCCAAUGAUGUGCAAAGUGCAAAGAUCAGUCUUAGUUUGCGCUCUAUACUCUUCUGUUAUGACCUUACUGGCAUUAUGUGUUGAAAGGUUCAUCGCUAUUGUGUUUCCUAUCAAAGCACAUAUUGUAUGUACCCGCCGACGAACACUUUACGUGAUCGUUAUGGUUUGGCUUUUAGCAAUAGUAUUGUCCGUACCGACAAUGUUGUUCAAUAUCGUGACCAGUUUCAAUAACACUGAGACAGAUAUACAGUUCUGUGUUCUAGUGUUCCCUGCAGAUCAUAUGAGGAUGUUUUUAGCGUUUAAGUAUACCGAGGCAAUGUUGUUCUACUUUGUUCCUCUUGUCGUUCAAAUCGUCUGCUAUGUAAUAAUUGGGAAACAUCUGUUUAUUGGAAUUAAAGAGUUACACGGACAAAAUGUGCGACAUAGCCCCGGGACGCCUCAAAAAUGUUCCGAAACCAUCCGUACUCGACGAGGCGUUAUCAAAAUGCUUGUUGUAAGCGUUCUGCUUUAUUUUAUUAGUUACUCACCGCAUCAAGUACUUCUUAUAUAUAACACUGUGUCCCCAACCCCUUUUCAUCAAAACUGGGGGUUUCUGGUAGGCGUAACUGUUCUUGCGUAUCUUAAUUCGGCAGGAAAUCCUAUUAUUUAUUGUGUAUUCAGUGAUAAGUACCGCCGAAAGUUUAAAACAAUAUUUACAUGCAGUGUAUCCGAUAACUCACAACAAAAUAGUGACACUUUGAUGUUACAUUCUUCAACCGCUGCCACGGAAUAUACCUUGCUUUAUAGAAAAUCUACAAGAGGACAGAACCAUGCCAGAUGAAUGGGUAUUUCUGUAACGGACCACAUUGCUAUUACUUCAAACGUAGCUCACUUCUAAAAUACGUAAAAGAGAGUGGAAGUAACUGAACAGAAUACAAGACGCAUUUCAUCUCCUAUAACAUGUCUUUAACGCGUAGGAAAGCCGACUGUCUAUGCCAUCAACAUACCCUUAUAUAAUGACAUUAUUCAACUUAAAAGAAAUAGGACGCAAUAUCAUACGUAUUAGAUAUAGGCGGCUUGUCAUUAAGUAGGUCAGUUCUAAAAUGAAUAAUGUAUUUAGCUGAAAUACAAAAGAACUUGUAUUGGGCGGAAAUGUCAAAAGAAAGUGAAUUAGUACUCAUGCUUGGAAAUGUAAUUGUAGUAAUUCCGUACAUGGCAAGAUAAAAAUGUAAUCAUGAAUUGGCGUCAUGAUGUAAAAAAAAGCAGUUGAUUUGCAUAUGAGCUUAAAAAAUAAUUAUCGCUAAAUAGCAUUAUAUUGUUUUGACCAUGAUUGCAUAAUAUAUAUAGUUACGGCUUU